UCGGAGGUACCAAACGUUCCCAGGAUCCCGCCAGCGGUUCUGGGGCGCCCGUUGUAACCUUUGACCCAGGCCGGAGGAUUCGUGGAGCCGAACGGAGUGAGAAGGAUCCUUCCUGGCUCGGGUGCUUAGGGUCCUGUGCCAUCAUCUUUCCUCCUCUGGGAUUGCCCCCAUCGUCCCAUGACUCAGCCCCUGGAACUCCUGUCUCCUCCACGAGACCGUGCCCACCCCAAGUGAUUCUCCUUCCAUUACUGUCCACGAGGCACCCUCUCCAUGACCCUGUCUCAGGGGCCUUCAGCGGUACUCCCCGGACCCCGGAAUCUCGGCUGUUUCCCGCGCGCCAGGGUGAUUCGGGUGUCCCCUCCUCAGGAUGUUCCGGCGCGAGCUCUCCAUCCCUCUUCGCGACUCGGCCGCUGCCCUGAGCAACAACCUCAGCGUGCUGCAGCUGCCGGCUGGAAACCUCAAGCAGUUUGCAGUGGUCCAUGGCACAAGCGCCCAGCUUCUCAGCGCUGCCCCUGAGGAUGGGUCGCUGGUCCAGCGCCAGCUCCACGCGAAGGAGGGCCCAGGAGUGAGCCCCUCACUCAUCACUCAGGUCCACUGGUGUGUCCUCCCUUUCCGAGUCCUGCUGGUUCUCACCUCCCAGCGGGGAAUCCAGAUGUUCGAGUCUGAUGGCUCCGUCAUGGUGUAUUGGCAUGCACUGGACUCUGGAGAUGCCCCUCCAGUACAGGCUGUGUUUGCCCGAGGAGUUGCUGCCACUGGCCAUUUCAUCUGUGUGGGAACAUGGUCAGGCCGAGUGCUGGUAUUUGACAUCCCAGCCAAGGGUCCCAACAUCGUCCUGAGUGAGGAGCUGGCUGGGCACCAGAUGCCAAUCACAGACAUUGCCACUGAACCUUCCCAGGGAGAGGACUGCUGGGCAGACGUGGUGACAGCAGAUGACUCAGGCUUGCUGUGUGUGUGGCGAUCAGGGCCUGAAUUCACAUUGCUGACACGUAUUGCAGGGUUUGGGGUGCCCUGUUCCUCUGUGAAGCUGUGGCAGGGGAUUGUUGCAGCAGGCUAUGGAGAUGGGCAAGUGCGUCUCUAUGAGGCCUCCCAGGGAAUGCUUCAUGUCCAGAUCAGCGCCCACGCCCGGGCCGUUUCUGCUCUGGAUCUGGCUCCUGAGGAGGGAAAGCUACUCUCAGCAGCCGAGGACACAUUUGUGCACAUCUGGAAGCUAAGAAGAAGUCCAGAGAGUGGCUCUAUCGAGGUGGAACACUGCCAUGGGGAGUGCGUGGCCAACACCCAGCUGUGCGGCGCACGUUUCUGUGACCCAUCAGGCAGCUCCUUCGCCGUGACGGGCUACGACCUUGCCGAGAUCCUGAGAUUUAGCAGCAUGUGAGAGCACAGCAGUCUCUCCUCCCCCCUUUGGUAUUUAUAAAGUACCCCCUCCA